AUGUCUUCGUUUGUUACUGAGAUGUGGUCGUGGUACGCAGUUACCGUACUCAUUGUACUAGCGAGACUGGCAUCACGGCGACUUCUCUACAAAUCCUUCAAGGCCCUGCAGCUCGACGAUUGGCUCAUGUGUUUCACCCUCAUCAUAUACACCAUUUUGCUCGCCAUUGUCUGGGUACAGACCUACACUCCGACAAACCUUGUUCACCCGGGCGACGAAGUCGGCAUGUCGGACGAGGAAAUAAAGACGAGGGAAUAUGGAUCCAAACUUGUUCUCGUAACUGAACAUUUGACGGUUGUCACUCUCUGGGGAGUCAAGGCUUGUUUGCUGUUGAUGUACUCGCGAUUGACCAUGAGUUUGAGACAAAACCUCCUCGUUAAGUUUGUCGCAAUAUACGUCGCCGCAAGUUUUGUUGUCAUGGAGAUCCUAUGGUUUGUGUGGUGCAGACCCUUCCAUUACUAUUGGAAAGUUCCCCCACCUGAUUUGAAUUGCUCCGCUGAAACCAAUCAUAUGAUCACGCAAGCCGUGUUUAAUAUUUCAUCGGAUAUCAUGAUCAUUUGCCUUCCCAUGCCAGUUCUCAUUCAAUCACAGCUCCCUACGAAGAGAAAACUCAUUCUCUGCAGCGUUUUUGCUCUGGGUGUCUUCACGAUUGUCGCUGCUUCUCUCAGCAAGUAUUACAGUCUGGGCUCACCAUAUGGUACUGAAUGGAUAUUUUGGUACAUCCGCGAGGUUUCUACCGCCAUCAUCACCGCGAACCUGCCCCUCACAUGGACACUUCUUCAGAAGAUCUUUGGCCUGUCAGCUUUUUACAACUCAAGAUACGGAAAGUCCUCCAACCCGCGCACGGCCGAUGCCACCACUGGUGGACGCUUCCGCUCUGCCUAUGGAAAUUUGAGCAGUCGUGUCCGAGACGAGCGCACGCCAAAACGGCCUGAUCCGAACGAGAUCGAAAUCAGCCCAUCGUCCAGCCAGGAGCAAAUCAACGGCGAGUACGGGCUUCCUCUCAAAAUUUGGCAGCAACGAGAAGUGCGUAUCACCACUGAGGAAGUCACAACCCAACAUGGGCGAGCGCUGUCUCACGAUAGUACACCAGGGGUUGUUGAACCUGUCAGUUACACUGUCAAUAAUAGCCCACCUGGGAGCAUCCAUGGUGACAAGUCCGUGGAUGCCGAGAUGGGUGUAGUCACAAAGGUGUCACACGGAGUAUAG